CGGAGGACUCAGUUGCGCAGCGCCGAGACUGGCAGGCGGAAGAGGCGAAAAAUUCUGGCAUCAGAUAAUCGCAGAUUCCCUUACACGAUCCUGAUUAUUCCCUGUCGAGUUGGCGCGAAUCCCCAAAACUUCGACCGUUUUUGGCGCGACGAGAAAGAAACACCAUUCUGUUGCCAUCAGCCGCUGCUCGUUCGGCUUCGUUGGCAUUGCGCCGGUGAAAAUAUACAUCAGCUGCCAUCUACAAUCAUCGGCGCUGGCCGGCGCGUAUAUAUAUAUAUACACGUACAACAUACGCUAUGGGAGAUCCCGCGAGGGACAGGGACCACGAUCGGCCGAGUGCUGGUAAGGCGCCAGCAGCAGACUCAGAGCCUGUAGAAGCUAAGGACCCUCCGCUUGAAGCUACCGACAGCGAAGAUGUCGACGGCGACGACGACGACGACGACGAUAUGGAUGGCACAGACGAGUACUCUGCAGCGUCAGUUACCGUGAGGAGCAGCAUAUGGGAGCACGAGUUUGAAGGCGGGCGAAGGUAUCACCACUAUCGACACGGCCGGUACCCUUUGCCAAACGACGACGAGGAGCAAGAACGAGAGUAUAUGAAGCAUGUGCUACACCUGGAGCAGACUGGCGGCAGGUUAUUUAAUGCGCCCAUUGCGCCGAAUCCACAGAAAAUACUAGACCUCUGUACGGGUACAGGGCUAUGGCCAGUGGCAGUCGCCAAAACGUUUCCCAGCGCAGAAAUUGUCGGUCUCGAUCUCAGCCCUAUCCAGCCAUUCAUGGUCCCGCCCAAUGUGCGGUUCUUAGUCGACGAUGUUGAAGACGAGUGGAUGGAUCGCGGGGGCUACGACUUUAUCCACUUGCGCCAUUCCUGCAUGUACCUGAAAGACAUGGACAAGCUGAUCAACAACUGCUAUUCACAUCUAAAAGAAGGCGGAUGGCUAGAGAUUACAGACUAUUGCACCUUUAUCAGAUGUGAUGACGACACAAUGCCUCCAGGCCACCCGCCGGCGCAAGUCGCCCGUUUGAUGCAUCAGUGUCUGUUAAAUUACGGCAUGAACGGAUACACCAUCAACGAGCUUGAGCAAAAGUAUAAGAAUGCCGGGUUCAAAAACAUCCAAUGCCGUGUCAUAAAAACGCCAAUCGGUUCUUGGCCUAAGGAUCCCAAGCAGCGGGAAAUUGGAACUCUUUUCCGCGACAUCAUCAACGAGCUCAUCCGUGCUCUGGCUGCGAAGCCUCUGAAAACCCUGGAUUGGAGCGAAGCUGAGAUGGAGGUGUAUCUCGCCGAAGCACGAAGGGCCCUUUGGGACAAAAAGGUGCAUUGUUAUACUAACUUUAUAUCCUGGUGGGCUCAGAAGUGAUUCUUCUUGAAGAAUUCUCUCCUUUACCUCCUUCGUUUCCUUUUUUUUUUAGUCAUUUUUCAUUGCAGCAUUUUGGGUAAGCGAUGUGUUGGAUUAUUUACCAUGGGCUAACUUUGGACAUUUUUACAAACACGCAUGUGUGUGUGUAUGUGCGUACAAAUAAGGGAUACUGGGACUACAUACAACUGGGCGUAUGGUUGGCUUUUUUUUUUCUUCUUUUAUAUAUACAGGGAGAAGAAUAUGAUCUCUUCCUCGCUCAAACGUGUUUUUUCUUCUUUGGAGAGUGUAGAAUAGAUUAUUUUUCUGCUAGCAGGUCAAUGACCUAGAAAGCCCAAAUAUACCCCAAG